CUUUUUGUGGAACUCUUACCUUUGUGUUUCGUGCACUAUCUAUCUCACAUACACACACUAACAUAUUAUAUAUGUGUGUGUGUACGUUCAUUUUCGUUGAUAUAAAAGAAGAGGAGAAGAACAAAAAAAAAGAUAGCACAAACAGAGAAACUUAUCAAAGCUAAAAUCACUUGAUACAAUGAAGCUAAUUAGAGUCUCCUACUUGCUUUGUGUAUUGGCCUUUUUAUUGUUUAUAACUCCAACAUCUUCUCUGCAACUCCACACUAGCUACUCAUCUCCGAGCCAAGGUGUAAGCGAAAAGAUUGUUAUUAAGAUGGCGCCACGGAAGCUCAUGAUCAUCUCUAGUGAACACGAAAAUCAGGUGAGGAAGUCAGGAACUCAUGAAGGUUCAAGCCAACAACCUCGAGUUACUUCUUCUUCUUCUGGAAAAUCUAUGGACGAAAAGGAGAGGUUAGGUGACGAAGAAGAGGAGAAAGCUCUAUCGAAAUAUCUAUCGAUGGAUUAUCCAAGGUUUAGAAGAAGACGGCCAGUUCACAACAAGUCUCUACGUCCAUGAUUUUUUUUAAAAAAUUUCAAUACAACUAUUAAUUUAAGCUAAGAUUAAUCAUUAACUAAGUUAAGUUAGGAUGGCUAAGUGGUUGGUAUAAGAAGUUUUGGCGAUAUUAUUGUAAUUAAGGGACUAUGUUCAUGUUAAUUCUUUUUAUAUUAUGAUGGUGGCCGACAAGAUUUAAGCAAAACCCUAAGUCUCUGGUUUGGGGUUUGAGCUUAUCUGAUCUUCGUUUCAUGCACUGUAUCAUGGUGGCUGGUUUGGUUGUAUUUUUUUUUAUCUUAUAUUGCAAGAGGAAAACGAUGUUUGAGUUCCAUUA